AGCCAAGCAGUCUCUUCUGGAGGGCUGGAAAUGGUUUCUGUUCCUGCCACAGAGGCUCUUGCAGGGACAGGGAAGGUUAACAGCAGUUUAAUGCCUCUGUGGGGAGGGAAAUGUGGUACCUGGAGAAUUCCUCACGUUCUCCUGCUCAAGAAAACUUGCAGAGACUGAAGGGAGCUCCAAGGUUGGAGAACCAACCUGGCAGAGUCCCAGGAGGGUUUUAAUGUAACCCAGUCAGAGGACACACAGACAAGACUCCAGUUUUGGUACUGGGAGCAGUGGAAGCUGAGAUAUUCCAAAGCUGCGUGCAGUUUGUGUCCCUCCUUAAGGAUUUUGAGAUCCCUGCCCGCCGAAAGCACCUGUGCCAUGUGUGAGAUGUGCGAGGAAACAUCGUUCCUUAAGCGGAGAAUCUCAGUCCUGAAGUUUAUUGUCACUGCUUUGUGGGAUUCAAGAAGACAUUCAGAAGCUUAAAAUGGAAAAAACCAACUUGAAAGGAAAUGCAGAAGCCGUGGAUAUUUGUGACCUCAGAAAAGCAGCUGACAGGCCUGAACUUGGGCUGAGAAAACAAGCUGAAAAUUAUUCCAGUGUUAUAAAUGGCCAAGAGUUAACUCUUUCUUCAGCUGGUAAUAAAGAAGUAAAUUCCAAAGAGCCCCCUAAGUGCAGGAAUCCUGGUUCUGGAGCCUGUGAGCAGCAGCUGGUCCUGCCCCGGGUGCCGGCCCUGGCUGUGCAGAGGAGCAGCAGAGCAGCCCCACGGCAGCAGGUGGAAAUGGAUUUUAAAAUCAUGCUUGACCCAGAGAACAUGGAGAAUAAAGCUGAUUUAAAACUUCCCAGUGAUGAGACCAGACUGCCACUUAUAGCUAAGAAAAAAUCUGCUCCUGUGUGCAGUCAGAGGACAGGGAAGGAGCCCCCAGCCCCCAGCCCUUGGGCUUUGCCUGCCUUCCCCUCCCUGGGCUCUCCCUUGGCCCUGCUGGAGGAGGACACCCCAAAAGGUGCCCUGGGCCCCAGUGGCCAGAGGCUGAUGCUGCCAGCAGCUCUGAGGGCCCUGCCAGCCCCUCCUGCCGUGCCCAGAGCAGCCCCUGGCCCUCAGCUCCCCAGGCAGCACAAGAAACCAGCUCUGGGAGAGAUCAGUGUCAGGCUGGGCCCUGAGAGCACAGACACCAUCACCCUCCCAAAGGCACAGGGAGCAGUUUGUGGCACAUAUUCCUGCAGUAAAGGGAGCAUUGCACCACUCCCAUCCAGCAACUCCGUGGUUUCACCAAGGAGCUCAAGGCCAGAGUGGAGGUGUCCAGCUCAGCAGUUGCAAUCUGAGGGGCACAUUCCCCCUCAGACACAGCCCCCACAAACAGCUCAACCCUUCCAGGAUCCCUGCUUGGACAUUGCUGUUCACCAGAAAGCUCCAGGUGUUCUGGCCCUCCAACACCUCCAUCAUUCCUCCUGGCAGAGCCCUGUGGGGUUUCUGGAACCCCCAGAAAAGCUCCUCAAAGACCACUCUGUCCCCCUGGCCACCAUCAACAGCCAAAAGAUGGCACAAAUCACCUCGGACUUGGAUUUUAAAGAGAAUCCCACCAAAAGUGCCGUUUUGUCCGUGAUGAAGAAUCAGCCAGCUGUGGGAGAGACCCCAAAGGGAGCUGGGCAGGGGGGCGGCACAGGGGCUGCUGCAGGGGGGCACAGGGGGGGUCCCAGCCCUGUGCCAGGCUCAGGACAGUGGGCAGCGGGUGUGACCAGCCCUGUGCCAGGCUCAGGACAGUGGGCAGUGGGUGUGACCAGCCCUGGGCAGCAGCAGUGGGCAGCAGGUGUGAGCAGCCCCGUGCCAGGCUCAGGACAGCAGUGGGCAGUGGGUGUGACCAGCCCCGUGCCAGGCUCAGGCCAGCAGCAGCAGCAGUGGGCAGCAGGUGUGACCAGCCCUGGGCAGCAGCAGUGGGCAGCAGGUGUGACCAGCCCUGUGCCAGGCUCAGGACAGUGGGCAGCAGGUGUGACCAGCCCUGUGCCAGGCUCAGGCCAGCAGCAGCAGCAGUGGGCAGCAGGUGUGAGCAGCCCUGUGCCAGGCUCAGGCCAGCAGCAGCAGCAGUGGGCAGCAGGUGUGACCAGCCCUGGGCAGCAGCAGUGGGCAGCAGGUGUGCUCAGCUCCGCCUGGCGCUCCCGGCGCCCCCUGGCACGGCUGAGGGGUGCCCUGAGGGCAGCACGGCGCAGACACCUGGAGAAUUUCUGCAGCAGGGCCAAGCAUCUGGCAGCCAACUGGAAUCGCAUCAGGACCUCCAGGAGGACUAUUAUCCAUAUCCCAUCAUUAGGGUAUUCCCAGCACAUCCGUGAGCACAUCCCUGACCUUGCUGUGCAGCAGAACCUGCAGAUGGGGAGGCUCUGUGACAUCCUGGAUGCCAACGUGGACGUCAUCUACAUCUGCCCCCUUGCUCUGAGUGAGGAGUUACUGCAGUACUACAAUAAACUCCUGGGUCUGCAGGCAGCUGUUAGAUCUGGGAGCCCUGAGGACACGGCUGACCUGCAGGACAGGUUCACAAUUCUCACCCCUGAAGCCAUAAACAGCUUCCCUGAGCACCACAUGUGCCUGGCCACGGUGCUCAAGCACAGCCCCAGGACGCUGCAGAGGCUGCAGGGGCUGCUCCAGGGCAGGGAUGCCUACAUGGUAGGGGGAGUUCCUCACCUGGAUGAGCUGGCUGUGGCUGACCAGCUGCAGGUGCCCCUGCUGGGCUCGCAGCCAGCCGUGGCUCAGCUCUGCAGCACCAAGUCUGGCACCAGGAGAAUCUUUGCCAGUGCUGGAGUGCCAACCCCUCCUGGAGAGGGGGACAUCCACAGCAGGGAGCAGCUGCUCCGAGCCCUCGGCCGGCUGCUCCUGGACAACCCCGAGGUGCAGCGCUGGCUCUUCAAGGUGGACGAUGAGCGUGCCGGGGAUGGCACCGCCUUCUGCGACGUCAGUGCCCACCUGCAGUGCCACCCCUGGAUCCAGAGGGAGCAGCAGGAGCGCGGGCUGCAGGUGUGGAGCGAGAGCCGGGCUCGUCCUUCAACAUCUGCCACGCUUGGUCCUAAUUUUGUGUUGCAACUGCCAAAGAAAACCUUUCAAAAUUCAUCUUGCAGAAGGGAGCUAGCUUUGGUGAAGAUCUCCCAGGAGCUGCCGGGCCUUUUAGCACAGCACGUACAGCCAGUCAAUGAGAAACGAUUCCCUACAUGGGAAAAAUUCCUCCAAACAUUUCUUACUCAAGGGGGGGUGAUCGAAGCCUUUCCCUGCUCGGGCAGCGUCACCAACCUGACGGUGGAUCUGCUGAUCGAGCCCUCGGGGGAGCUGACUCUGCUGGCGUCUGGGGAGCAGCUCCACGCCGAGGGGCCCCUCAGGUCCUCUGGCACCACCAUCCCGCAGCGCUCCGUGGAUCCCGGCCUUCUCCAGGCCCUCUGCCUCAAAGUUGGCGAGGCCUGCAAGGCCAAAGGAGUGCUCGGCUACUUCUCCGUGGACUUUGUGGCUUUCACCCAUCCCCAAACGGGGCAGCAGCAGGUGUGGGCAACAGACCUUGACCUUGGCUACAGUGACCAGCUGGCCCUGAGUCAGCUGCUGGUGUACCUGACAGAUGGAAAUGUGGAUUGUGGCUCCAGCCUCCUGCAGGCACCUCUGGGAGCAAAGGAGAGCCCAAGCCAAGGGGUCCAGCACGAGGGGACAAAACCUCCUGCCCUCCUCAGCCCGCGGUGUGCCGUGGCCAGCAGCCAGCUGAGGCACUGCAGCCUCUCAGGGAUCUCCUACAGCCUCCUCCUGCACACCUGCAAAGCUCACGGCAUUGGAUUCGACCCCCAGGAAAAACAGGGAACAGUUUUUGUGUUGUAUGAAGACCAGAAGCGACACAGCCUGGGAAUGAUAACAAUCGGAGAGGAUCUCCAGGGGGUCCUCCUGACCUUUGCUCGCAAUCUCUUCAUCAUCCAUCAAGAAAUAUCAGCACCUAAUAUGCAAGGCGAGACCAAUUUUAAGAUGGCAAUUCGAGAUAUUGAAGCAAUUCUAGGAGUUACAGCAGAAAACAAACUGAGAUUGGAAGAAGAGCAACCUUGGGAAGCAGAUGCUCUGAAAGAAUAGUUAACAGAAAAUGUUCAAGUGCCUCAUUCCUUAUGCUUCUGGAAAUGCUUCCUCGUCUGUAAGAACAGGUUUGGUUUUCCUUCUGAGCUGGUGUGUGAAGCAGCAUCAACUGAGACAGAAAAUCUCUGUGGCUGGGAGCAGCCUGGCAUGGUGGAAGGUGUUGGAUCUGGAGGAUUUUUAAAAUCCCUUCCAACUCAAAGUAUUCCAUGGUUCUUUUGCCUGUAAAUGCUUUAAUUUAAACCCCACUUCAUCAGUAAUCCCAGCAAUUCCUCUGCAGAGCCAUCUCUAUUGUUAUGCUGCUUUUGCUGUUAUCUAAAGACUUUUGCAGCAGUUCUUUCGUGGUCAUUUUCAAGUUAUCAAAAAGAACAGUAAUAGCACUAAUUCAUCAAUAGAAUUCUCCCUGCACUGUGAUUCCCAGAAUUCCAUCACUUUUGCAGUGUCCAUCUUUAUUUUGGACACUGGUGACCCUUUUGGUCACAACUUCUCUGCACUGUUGUUAAAGGACAUUAUAUUUGUAAAAUCAUCUUUAUCCAUCAAAUCUUUAAUAUCCCAACAGACAACACACUCCACAUUUUACCAAGGAAGAGCAGAUCUCACUGCAUGGAGCUUUUAUCCUAGGAAUGGCAAAUAUCCUUGGGAUUAGUUCCCAAAAAGCUCAGGCCAAACCAGUUUUACCACAAAUACUAAACAAGACCAAGCAGUUGCACGAGAUCAGCACCCAGUUUUCCUGACAGCAGAUCUUUGAUCCCUCAGCAUGACACAUUAUUUUCUGUGUUUUUUCUCUUCUACUUUGAUCACAGAAUUAAUUCAUUGCUGAUGAAAACAUUUGCAUAAAUGCUGGUUACUGCUUCAAAUAAAAACCCACAGGAGUA